CUCAUGCGCUCUUCAUAAGAAAAGGCAUUGGGACACAGCCACCGGUUGCCAGAUGAUGCACUGAUUCACAAACCGAGGCCACCCCGCAUUUUUCUGAUCAAAGCCUGGCAUGACAGGAGCGAACAUCAACCAACGCCGAUAUCGGCCAUGAUGAACAACCAUUCGUCCUGAUAUAAUGGGAGGUACAUAUAUACAGUUGAUACCAAUAUACUCCAGUAAUGCUUGAGAGAUUACAAAAUACUCUCCUUCCAUCCAGUCUCCCACUGUCACGGCGUGGGCCAUCAAGCGUCAACUAAAUAGAUCCUGGUCUCACGACUUUCUCACAACUCUCUUAACACAUCUCUAUUGGGGUCUGUCAUCAUGUCAGAACGGACACCUCGAAAAGAGCAAGCCGCCUACACCCAUGGCCACCACACCUCCGUGGUAAGCGACCACGCGCGCCGCACCGCUCAGGACUCGGCCGCUUUCCUUCUCCCACACAUCCAACCACACCACAAAAUCCUCGACGUAGGCUGCGGUCCCGGCACCAUCACCGCGGAUCUGGCCGCGCUCGUACCUCAAGGGAGUAUCAUCGCCGGCGACGCUGUCGAAUCCGUCCUGCAGCAAGCCAGCAACUACGCUGCCUCGAGGAACCUCACGAACAUUUCUUUUCAAACCGUCGACGCCAAUGACCUGCCCUUCCCCGACGACACCUUCGAUAUUGUUUACUGCCACCAACUCCUGCAACACGUAAAGGACCCAGUGGCGAUCCUCCGCGAAAUGCGGCGCGUCUGCAAAUCGCACACCGGCAUCGUCGCCGCCCGCGAAGCCGACUAUGCGAGUUUCGCGUUCUACCCAUCUCCACCCGAGAUAAAGCGCUGGGCGGAGCUGUACCAACUCGUGGCCCGCAAAAACGGCGGUGAACCCAAUGCAGGGCGGCACCUGCACGUGUGGGCGCGGCAGGCGGGUUUCUCCCCGGACGAAAUCCACGCAACAUGGGACUCGUGGCGAUACGCUGGCGAGCGGGCGAGGCAGUUCAGUAUGUCCUGGCACGGGCGGAUUUUGCAGCCCGGAUUCAUGGGAACAGCGGUGCGCGAGGGUUUUGCCAGUGAGGAAGAGAUCAGGGCGCUCUCGGAAGCAUGGAAAAAAUGGGGAGAGACGGAGGAUGCACUGUGUGCGAUUCCACAUGGCGAGAUCCUGUGUAGGAAAACGUAGCACAUUGACACGGUUGAAUUCUGUGGCAGAAUCCAGCGAGGAUAAAGCCCACCCCGUUUCCAGAAAAGAACAACAGCCUAAUUGGCGAUGAGAUACGGUGUAUGAGAAGGAGCAAUAACAUAAGAAAUAACAAUAUCACUCCUGCCGAUGGUCAGGACUCGAAGGAAUGAUCAAAACAACGAGGGAGAUGGUCAAUUCGAGCAAAUAAAGGCAGUAGGCAAAGUAACGAUGCCGAAACUUGAUAUACAUUAAUAUUUG